AUGGAUCCCAAUCGGCUACAGCCGCAGCCGCCGCCGCGACCGGACGUGAGGAGGGGACUGCUCGGAAGUCUGACUGCUGCAUCAGCUGCAGCGUACAACUUUCUCGCUCAUGACUACGAGUACAUGCCGGACCGAUACUAUGACGAAAAGGCCUUUCCCACUCGGUUAUCUCGGGCCGGCACCAGCAUCCGACUAGGAGCCCCGCGCGGCCGUAACAUUCUGCCGCUGAGACCGCCGCCCAUCCGGAAGAGGACCUGGCAGAAGGAUAGCAGCACUGGAGAGCUCCGGACCAAGUCGUUUGAAGACUCUCAGUACAAUCAGUAUGACGAGGGACGUGGAGGCCAAGACCGGAAUCCUUUCGACGAUUCCAAUGAGAUGGGGAGUCAGCAAGACGACGACAACGAUGAUGGUAAUGAUGAACCGUUUUCGGUCUUCACCAAGAGGCACAAGUGGUUUAUUCUAGUUAUUAUUGCUUCUGCGGGUCUCUUCUCCGGGUUAUCGUCCAACAUUUACAACCCUUCCUUGGAUGCAAUAUCCAAGGAGCUGAAGGUUAGCGCAUCACAAGUGUCACUCACAAUCACGUCUUACUUGAUCAUGCAAGCCGUUACACCGCUGCUAUGGGGCCCCAUGUCUGACACGCUCGGCCGGCGACCAACUUACAUCGCUUCCAUGGGCGUUUACAUUGGCGCCAAUAUCGCGUUGAGCUUCUCGCCAAACUACGCGGUAUUACUCAUUUUCCGGGGUCUCCAAGCUGCAGGAAGUGCCUCAACUGUCAGUAUCGCUAACGUGUCUGGUGUGACAGGCAACGGUGUUAUCCAGGAUAUCUCUCCGACGGCCGAAAGGGGGGCAUACAUCAGCUUCUAUCAAGCGAUCCGAAAUUUCAGCACAGCGAUCGGCCCGCUGUUAGGAGGUGCUCUCGCCAAUUCCUUAGGCUUUCGAUCCGUGUUUGUUUUCUUGCUCAUCGCCACGUCGCUGAUUCUCAUCACUAUCAUGGUAUUCCUACCAGAGACUUUGAGAACUAUUGCUGGCAAUGGAUCCCUCCGUCUGAACGGCAUCAUCUACAAGCCGCUUUACAGAUAUGUGACGAAGGAGCCAAAGUAUAUGGAGGAUCCAGAUGGACCUUUGAAUCGCAAGAUUACCAUUUGGACCUUUUUGAGGCCGUUCAAGCUCUUCAAAGAGAAGGACUUGGUGAUCAACCUCGUCUGGGGUGGUGUGAUCUAUGCCAUCUGGAACAUGGUAACGACCAGCACAACUCCACUGUUCAAGGAGCGGUUCGGACUGAACGAACUCCUUCUUGGUGUAGCAUUCAUACCCAAUGGAAUUGGGACCAUUGUCGGCUCCGUGUUUGCGGGCAAACUUCUGACUCGAGACUACAAAGCCGUUGAGACCAAAUACAAGGAAACCCACAACAUCCCUUACGACGAGGAACUGUCACCCAAAGAUAUUGCGCCGGAUUUCCCUUUGGAGCAGGCCCGUCUGAGACGCCUCCCGUGGAUAGUCUUCCUAUUCGUUGCCUCUAUCGUCGGCUACGGUUUUUCUUUGGCGUAUCCCAAUGCAGUAUCCCGACCGGGAUGGAUUGCGUUGCCCUUGACAAUGCAAUUUCUUAUUGCCGCAUCGGCGAACGCCAUCUUUGCGCUGAACCAGACCAUCAUUUCGGAUCUUUGUCCCGGUGAGGGCGCGAGUGCCACAGCCAUCAACAAUGUGGUCCGCUGCGGGCUGGCAGCUCUCGGCGUGGCAUUCGCAGAGCAGAUGCUCAACGCCGUUGGCCCUGGCACCGCGUUCCUUGUCCUCGGCAUGGCGGUCAUAGCUGUGUCUCCCAUUCAGGUUGUCAAUCAAUUCUGGGGGCCCAAGUGGCGGGCUCAGAGAGAGAAGAGGAGGUCAAAGGUUGGUGUACAAGAUCAUCCAGACCGGCAAAAAGCCUAA